AUGGAAUGGCUUAUCGAAUAUGGUGGCAACGCGGAGAACAUACCUGGUUACGAUUGCGUACAAUCCGACAGAAAGCCCGGUGUCACGCACUACGCCCUGGGUGCGGCUUUAAUUGUCUAUGGAUUAAUAGCUGAGAUUAUUUACAUCUUGGAUUUGUCGGUGAUGGUAAGGAACCAAUAUCGCCGUCUGUCAUGCUACAAGAUUAUGAUAGCCUUAGGGAUAUAUGAUAUGGCGGCCAUAUCACUCAACUCUCUGUUAACCGGAUAUUUUUGGAUUGUUGGAGCAAACUAUUGUACAUGUCCAACAUUCAUGUAUGUAUCUGGCAGUUUAGCGCUCGGUCAGUUUUAUAUUUUGUGA